CUCUCCGGUGCUGCGCUGGAAGCCCCCGGCCUCCCGGAAGUGCCCGCCCCUCAGAGCGUGCCCCCGGCUUCCCCGGCUCCCCGCCUCCCCGCGGCUGCUGCUACUGCUGCUGCUGCUGUGGCUACUCUGGGCCCCGGCGGCGGCGGCGAUGGCGGAGGUGCUGCUGCUGCCGGAGGCGGCGGCGGGGGACCGGGACACCCGCGAGAAGCUCGCCCUCUGGGACCGGAGGCCCAACCCCACGGCGCCACUCACCGACCGCCAGACGGACUCGGUGCUGGAGCUGAAGGCGGCGGCGGAGAACCUGCCGGUGCCGGCCGAGCUCCCUAUUGAAGACUUGUGCAGUUUAACAUCCCGAUCAUUGUCCCUCUCUCUAACUUCAACGGUGCCAGAAUCUACAGAGGAUAUUCUUUUGAAGGGAUUUACCUCUUUAGGCAUGGAGGGAGAAAGAAUUGAAACUGCACAGCAGUUCUUCUCAUGGUUUGCACAGCUACAAACCCAGAUGGAUCAAGAUGAAGGAACGAAAUAUAGACAGAUGAGGGAUUACUUGUCUGGCUUUCAGGAGCAGUGUGAUGCUAUACUGAAUGAUGUUAACAGAGCUCUUCAGCACCUGGAGUCUUUGCAGAAACAGUAUCUUUUUGUGUCCACGAAGACAGGUACUCUGCAUGAAGCUUGUGAACAGCUCCUGAAAGAGCAGUCAGAACUGGUUGACCUGGCUGAAAAUAUUCAACAAAAACUUUCCUAUUUUAAUGAAUUGGAAACUAUUAACACGAAAUUGAAUUCCCCUACGUUGUCUGUGAACAGUGAAGGAUUUAUACCCAUGCUGGCUAAGUUAGAUGAUUGUAUAAACUAUAUUUCUUCUCAUCCCAAUUUCAAAGACUAUCCUGUAUAUUUACUUAAGUUUAAGCAAUGCCUUUCUAAAGCUAUGCACCUUAUGAAGACUUACACUGUGAACACACUACAGAACCUCACAAGUCAGUUAAUCAAACGGGAUCCUUCAUCAGUGCCAAAUUCAGACAAUGCCUUCACUCUAUUUUAUGUAAAAUUCCGAGCUGCUGCUCCCAAAGUCAGAACUCUCAUUGAACAAGUAGAGCAACGAUCUGAGAAAAUACCAGAAUACCAACAACUUUUAAAUGAAAUCCAUCAGUGCUACCUUGAUCAAAGGGAGCUUCUCCUGGGCCCUAGUAUUACUAGUACUGUAACUGAGUUAACAAGUCAGAACAACAGAGAUCAUUGUGCCUUGGUUCGUAGUGGCUGUGCCUUCAUGGUUCAUGUGUGUCAAGAUGAACACCAGCUUUACAAUGAAUUUUUCACAAAACCAACAUCAAAAUUAGAUGAACUUUUGGAAAAACUUUGUGUGUCCUUGUAUGAUGUCUUCAGGCCCUUGAUCAUUCAUGUUAUUCACUUGGAGACUCUGUCUGAACUUUGUGGAAUUCUUAAAAAUGAGGUGCUUGAGGAUCACGUACAGAAUAAUGCUGAACAGCUUGGGGCAUUUGCAGCUGGAGUAAAACAGAUGUUGGAAGAUGUACAAGAACGACUGGUCUAUCGGACUCACAUUUACAUUCAAACUGACAUCACUGGCUACAAACCAGCCCCAGGGGACCUGGCUUAUCCUGAGAAGUUAGUCAUGAUGGAGCAAAUUGCACAGAGUUUAAAAGAUGAACAAAAGAAGGUACCCUCAGAAGCCUCAUUUUCGGAUGUUCGGUUAGAAGACACACAGUCUAACAGCAUAAAUAAAUCUGGCACAGGAGACUCUCUUAAUCCCAGACCACAGGCCACAAUUUCACCAGCAGAUCUUCAUGGAAUGUGGUAUCCCACUGUCCGAAGGACUCUUGUUUGUCUCUCUAAGUUAUACAGAUGCAUAGAUAGGGCAGUGUUCCAAGGAUUAUCCCAGGAAGCAUUGUCAGCUUGCAUUCAGUCAUUACUGGGAGCUUCGGAGUCAAUCUCCAAAAAUAAGACGCAGGUCGAUGGACAGCUUUUCUUAAUUAAGCAUCUUUUGAUUCUUCGGGAACAAAUUGCUCCAUUCCACACUGAAUUCACCAUUAAGGAAAUUUCCCUGGACCUUAAGAAAACUAGAGAUGCAGCAUUUAAAAUCCUGAACCCAAUGACCGUUCCAAGAUUUUUUAGGCUGAAUAGCAACAAUGCCUUAAUAGAGUUCUUGUUGGAGGGUACUCCUGAGAUAAGAGAACACUAUCUUGACUCUAAAAAAGAUGUAGACCGACAUCUGAAGUCAGCUUGUGAGCAGUUUAUUCAGCAGCAGACCAAGCUGUUUAUAGAGCAGCUGGAGGAAUUCAUGUCAAAGGUUUCAGCAUUAAAAACAAUGGCCAAUCAGGGAGGUCCCAAGUAUACUCUCUCUCAGCAGCCUUGGGCACAACCAGUCAAAGUCCAUGACCUAGUGUCAAGUGCCUACAAGACGAUAAAAACAAAGCUACCGUUGACAUUGAGAAGCAUGUCACUGUACUUAUCCAAUAAAGAUACAGAAUUUAUCCUGUUUAAACCUGUUAGGAAUAACAUUCAGCAAGUAUUCCAGAAGCUCCAUGCCUUGUUAAAAGAAGAGUUCAGCAGUGAAGAUAUCCAGAUCAUAGCUUGCCCUUCCAUGGAACAGGUGAACUUACUGCUGUCAGUGUCCAAAUAACCAAGUUCCCUGGACUGUUGAAAACAGUUGUAGAAGGCAUGCCAGGCUGGAGCAGGGCUGAGGAGUCACCCACACAGCCUGCAGGACAUUGCGGGGUUUUGUGAGGAGGUCCCUCUGUGCCCAGACUACUCGAAAGUCCUCUGUCCUUCUCACCACUGACUACAGAAGGAAAUCUGAGCAAAGCACCCAAAAUGCCAAAGACUGACUUGUAAACAUAGAUCACUGCCUAAAGUUAUUAAAAUGGCUAUAAGUUAUGUAACUAUUAGAAGUUAAUCUAUGGACAUACAGUGAAAUGAUUCCUGGAAAAUAUGUGCAAUGAAAGUAGGUUAUUAGUUGAGAGUAGUGUGAAGAAAAACCUUGAGGAAGUUAAUUAGAAAGCUUCUAGGAGCGUGCUUGUCUAAAGUGUUAGACAUUGUUGAACAAGCUCCCAGAAAUGCUCUUCAUACACUUUUUAAUGUUAUGUUUCUUACACCACUUUGUAACAAAGAUAGGAUAUUCUGGGAGCAGAGUCUGCUUUCCUUAGAAUUCAGGGAGUUAUCUUUCUAUGUUUGAUGUAAAGUAGUUGAAAGAAGCAGGUCCUGCCACAAGGCCCUGGGAUCUCUCCCUGCUUCUUGGAUUGCCUUAGUGGAGAGCCAACAGGAGAUGAGAGAGCUGCUGCCGCCUCAAAAUGGGCCCGGGAGGUAUCUCUAAUGAAAAUCUGCAGGGUGCAAUUGCAGGUGUUUGUGAGCGGCAAGUACCGAUGAGAGCAUCUCGUGCUUGGGGAGGUGCUUCUGGCGAGGGCGAGGGCGAGGGCGAGGGUGAGGGCGAGGGCUGACGCGUGUGCCCUGACUUCAGGUGAGCAGCCCCUUGAAGAGUGAAUGCUUUCAUGGUCUCUGCAGUCAUGUGACUGGAAGCCGCAGCUCUCUUUCAGGAGAAUCAAUCUUGGUAAAGGAGAUAAGGAAGAUGGAGAUGGAUGACAAACGCUUUAAAACUCACUGCUGUAUUUCAGGGAUCAUAAAAGAAAUGAUGCACAUCUAAGGAUUCCUACAAAAGCAUAGCUAGUGAUUGAGUCUGGGUUUGCAACCAAAGUUAUACAGCAGAUGUGGCUUGUUUGGGGGGAAAAAGAAGCUUCUUUAGGGCUAGUUAAGAUUUGUCUGGAAGUGAAGCGCUGAGCAGGGCGCUGGCAUGUGUGGGUGAUGGCUGUCCUUUGUACAGUGACUUUAGCACGGUAUUUUGCACACCUUUAGCAGCUCCUGCCCAUCGUGUAGAGAUGUUACAUGUCCUCAUGUCUGUUGUGUGGAGCAGGUCAUCUGUUUUCAAGGCAAUUUACAUUUGUUGUAAGGUUUACUUGAUGAGCUGACUUAAAAAGGCGGUUGAGAAGAAGGAGCUCAGGCUUGUUCUCUGAAAUGAACUAAGGGGGGAGAUGUAUUUAUUCUUCCACUUGUUAUAAAUAUCUGUUUAAGAACAUAGACUGUAAAAUAUCCAUUUUGUACGAUAUAUGUAUAUUUGGUCUUUUUGAAUAGCCUUUUCCAAGGGAAAUGAGGGCAUGAUUGCUGUACAGUAUAUGACUGAUUUAAUUCCUUGUACAGAAGAGGGUGUAUUCUCAAGGGUCAGAAUCUUUAGCAGCAGCACUCAUUCUUGUGUUUUGAAUUUUUCAUUUCUGAAAUACUCAAAACACCUCUCAAAAGUGCUCUGGAUAGUAGUGAUCAGACAUUUGCUAAAUGAAUAUUUGUUUAAAUCUGUACAGUUUCAAGUGUUUACUUAUACAGAUAGUGUAUAUACUUUCAAAUGAUUAAUUUCAAAUGCUUUAUAUUAUCUGGCUAGGAACUUGCAGUUUUUAAUAAAUGUGGAUUUUUUUAAAAAAUAAAG